GAGAAAGAAUUGAGAGGGAAUAUUAGGAGUGAUAGUGAAUCUUGGUGAGAGAGGAAUGACGGGUAGAGAGUGGGCGUGUUGGGUGUUGAUUGUUUUGGGGCGUGUGUCGUUGGUGGUGGAAGGUUAUCCAGCGCAAGAUCUAGUUGUGAAUUUGCCCGGUCAGCCCAAGGUUGGGUUCAAGCAAUUCGCUGGUUAUGUUGACGUGGAUGUGAAGAAUGGGAGGAGCUUGUUUUACUACUUUGUCGAGGCUGACGGGCACCCUGAGAGCAAGCCCCUCACUCUCUGGCUCAAUGGAGGCCCAGGAUGUUCGUCUAUUGGUGGCGGAGCAUUCACAGAGUUGGGGCCAUUUUAUCCGAGGGGAGAUGGCCGAGGCCUUCGAAGAAAUUCAAUGUCAUGGAAUAGAGCUUCGAACCUCCUCUUUGUUGAAUCUCCUGCUGGAGUGGGAUGGUCAUACUCAGACACGACUUCAGACUAUAACUGUGGAGAUGAAUCCAGCGCCAAGGAUAUGCACACAUUCUUCUUGAAAUGGUUUGAGAAAUUUCCAACGUACAAGUCCAGAGAGUUGUUUCUCACUGGAGAAAGCUAUGCAGGGCAUUACAUACCGCAGUUGGCUGUUGCCCUGCUGGACCAUAAUGCACACUCAACUGGUUUCAAGUUCAAUCUUAAAGGAAUUGCAAUAGGAAAUCCACUUCUCAAACUUGAUAGAGAUGUCCCAGCAACAUAUGAAUUCUUCUGGUCCCAUGGAAUGAUCUCUGAUGAACUCGGCCUUACCAUUAUGAAUGAGUGCGAUUUCGAUGACUAUGUCUUUGCAAGUCCUCACAACGUCACUCACCCUUGCGGCGAGGCCAUGAGUAAAGUAAACACGAUCGUCGGCGAGUACGUAAAUUAUUACGAUGUCAUCCUCGACAUGUGUUACCCGUCAAUAGUGGAACAAGAACUUCGGCUGCGAAAAAUGGCCACCAAGUUAAGUGUGGGGGUUGAUGUAUGUAUGACCUACGAGCGUCGCUUCUACCUCAACCUACCCGAGGUCCAGAAGGCGCUUCACGCGAAUCGGACUAAAUUGCCUUAUCCAUGGUCGAUGUGCAGUGGUGUUGUGAAUUACAGCGGCACAGACGGUAACAUCAACAUGCUUCCCUUGCUCAAGCGGAUAGUUCAGAACAAUAUCCCCGUCUGGGUUUUCAGCGGCGACCAGGACUCUGUCGUGCCACUGCUUGGAUCACGGACUCUUGUCCGCGAGCUAGCUCAUGAUCUGGAUUUCAAGGUUACAGUUCCAUACGGAGCUUGGUUUCACAAAGGCCAGGUGGGAGGUUGGGCGACGGAGUACGGGAACUUAUUGACGUUUGCGACGGUGAGAGGUGCUGCACAUAUGGUGCCCUAUGCACAGCCAUCAAGAGCUUUGCAUCUGUUCAGUUCAUUUGUGCGUGGCCGGAGAUUGCCAAACACAACACACCCCUCCAUUGACGACUGAAGUUUUUGUAAUAGCAGUUUCUGAUAUUGGUGUCUCGAAGGACAAUUUUUUCGCAACUUGCUUUCCACAGUGACAAUAAGCAGAAAAAGAAGAGAAGAAGGGCAUUUCUUCGGUUU